UUGAAGACUGUGCAGGAAGUUUGAGGUCAAAGAAAAGACAAAGACACUAUCUACCCCAGGACACUGCCCACUCAGUAGCCUAUCAGAUGGAGCUGCCACCUCGACCAAAACUCUUUGACUUCCAUGGAGUCUCCAUGAUCAACUACUUCACUGACAACUGGGACAAUGUACAGAACUUCCAGGCCAGACCAGAUGACAUUCUCAUCGCUACCUACCCCAAAGCAGGAACCACAUGGGUCUCCUACAUUCUAGACCUGCUGUAUUUUGUCCAGACAGCCCCUGAGCGUCAGAGACCCAUCUUUGAGAAAGUUCCUUUUCUGGAGUUGCUCAUUCCUCUUUAUCCUUCAGGGGUGGAGGUGCUGGACAAAUUAACCACAUCUCCUCGCCUCAUCAAGACUCACCUCCCAGUCCAGCUGCUGCCCAAGUCCUUCUGGGAGAAGAACUGCAGGAUAGUGUAUGUGGCCCGUAAUGCCAAGGACAAUGCAGUGUCUUAUUUCCACUUUGACCGUAUGAACCAGGCCGAGCCAGAGCCAGGAGACUGGAACAACUUCUUACAGAGAUUCAUGGAUGGAAAGAUGGUGUUUGGUUCGUGGUACGACCAUGUGACUGGCUGGUGGGAGAAGAAACAGACUCACUCAAAAAUCCUCUACCUCUUCUAUGAGGACAUGGUUGAGGAUACGGGGAGAGAGCUGGACAGGCUGUGCUCCUUCCUAGGUUUGUCUCCUUCAGCAGAGGAGAAGGAGAGGGUGAAAGGAGGAGUGCAGUUUGAUAUAAUGAAGAAGAACAGCAUGGCCAACUACUCCACCAACCCAGUCAUGGACUUUAAGAUAUCUCCCUUUAUGCGCAAAGGAAAGGUUGGUGACUGGAAGAACCAUUUCACUGUGGCCCAGAGUGAACAGUUUGAUGAAGACUAUAAGAAGAAGAUGGAAAACACUCAGCUGCGGUUUCGCACAACAAUUUAGGACUGUCUUCAUUAUCUAAAGCACACUGCAGGUCUUAAGAACGUGACUGCAUGUAAAAAUGUAAUAACACAUAAUACUGUAAGUAUGAGCAGCAAAGACAUACUGUCUAACUACUGUAAAUAAAAAACACCUGAUUUCAAUGUU